GCAGCCAGACUAUCAACUGCCCAUUAGACUUUCAGAGAAAAAUACAUUCCAAAUCACUAGUCAUUUUUAGUGUGACAUUUGUCUUUUAUUCUACACCUUAUUGGGUAGAUAGCUGAUUUCAUAAUUAAUUGCUACUGUCUUCUUUUUUUUUCAUACAGAUUAAUGAUGUUACAUCAACAGCUAGUUCUUGUCUUUGGAAUAUCUCUGGCUAGAGGUAUAUAUGCGCAUAGAAGCUGUUAUUCAGAAGGCCAGAUAUCUCUGUACCAUUUCUGCAACCUCACUGAUGUUCCACUUGUGCCAAAGGAUACUGUGAAGCUUUUGCUAAGUUUCAACUACAUCACACAAGUGAACGCGACUUCAUUCCCACUGCUGGAGCACUUGUUGCUGCUGGAAAUUGGAAAACAGUAUAUCGCUCCUGUUACCAUAGGAAAAGCAGCUUUCAGGAACCUGCCAAAUCUCCGGGUCUUAGAUUUAGGGUUCAAUAAGAUUCUUCAACUGGAUCUUGAUGCUUUUGUGGAGCUGCCAAAUCUGACUGUACUCCGACUGUUCUCCAAUAAUCUGGGAGACUCCAUCCUGACAGAACGCUACUUUCGAGAUUUGAGGUCCUUAGAAGAAUUGGAUAUUUCGGAUAAUCAAAUCACAAAACUUCAUCCUCAUCCCUUAUUUUGUAACCUAACGGUCUUGAAAAGUGUGAACCUGAAAUUCAACAAAAUAUCCAACCUGUGUGAAAGCAAUCUUACCAACUUCCAAGGAAAAACAUUUGUAUUUUUUAGCCUCAAUUCUAAUAAUUUGUAUCUUACAAGUCAAACAGCCUGGGCCAAAUGCCCAAAUCCUUUUAGAAACAUUACAUUGAACUUACUGGAUCUUGGUCACAGUGGUUGGGGCACAGAGGCAGUACAGUAUUUCUGUACAGCCAUAAAAGGGACUCAAAUCACUGCUUUAAAACUGAGUCCUCAUAUAAUGGGUUCAGGAUUCGGCUUUGAUAACUUAAAAAAUCCAGAUGAAAACACAUUCACAGGUCUAGCAGGAAGUGGUGUUCGUUUGCUUGACAUUUCACAUGGUUACAUUUUCUCUCUCAAUUCCUUAGUAUUUCAAAGCCUUCRUAACUUGGAAUUCUUAAACCUUUACAGAAACAAGAUAAAUCAAGUCCAAAGGAAAGCAUUUUUUGGCUUGGGAAACCUAAAAACUCUCAAUCUCUCAAGUAAUCUUUUAGGUGAGUUGUACGAUUAUACUUUUGAGGGGCUACRUAGCGUAAUGUAUAUUGAUCUACAGCAAAACCAUAUUGGAAUGAUUGGUCAAAAUUCAUUCAGUAGUUUAGUAAAUCUGGAAAUAAUUGAUCUUCGAGACAAUGCCAUUAAAAAUCUACCUUCUUUUCCAAGUCUGACCACUGCCUUUUUAGGUGACAAUAAGCUAAUAUCUGUAGUAGACAGAGUAAUAGCUGCAACGUAUCUUGAUUUAGAAAGAAAUUGGUUGGGAAACCUGGGUGAUCUGUAUACUCUCUACCAAGUUCCAGGCUUGCAGUAUAUCUUCUUAAAACAGAAUCGCUUUUCUUACUGUGUGAAAAGAGUAAAUGCUAUAGAAAACAAUCACAUAAUCUAUAUAGAUCUAGGAGAAAAUAUGUUACAGCUUGUGUGGGAGAGAAAUGUGUGUUUGGAUGUGUUCAGGGCACUCUCCAAACUGCAGGUCCUACAUCUGAAUAACAACUACCUCAGUGCUCUUCCACAAGAGGCUUUUAAAGGUCUAGCAUCUCUACAGAGACUUAAUCUAGCCUCCAACCUCUUGUCUCAUCUGUCUCCUGGGGUUUUUCCACAAAGCCUUAAAAACCUCAACUUGUCUGGAAACCAGCUUUUCUCCCCUGAGCCUGAAGUGUUUAUGACUUUGAGUAUCCUGGAUAUAACACACAAUAAUUAUGUCUGUGAUUGUACUUUGAAGAACCUGUUACUGUGGCUGAAUGAAACCAAUGUCACCCUCGCUGGCGCAGAAGCUGACAGAUACUGUGUAUACCCACCUGCUUUUGCUGGGGUGCCUCUGUCUUCCCUUGUCUACGAUGGUUGCGAUGAAGAUGAACUCCAGCAGUCUCUCAGGUUCUCAGUAUUCAUCUUUACCUCUGUCACCCUGGUAAUGUUUCAGAUAGCAGUCGUCAUUUUCACUCGCUGUCGGGGGAUUUGUUUUGUCUGGUAUAAAACUGUGACAAGGACUUUGGUAGACAGCCAUCAACAAGCAGCUGACACAAGUGAGUAUAGAUAUGAYGCUUAUUUAUGCUACAGCAGAAAUGACUUUGAAUGGGUCCAGCAUGCUUUACUGAAACACCUGGAUUCACAGUAUUUUGACAAAAACAGAUUUACCCUGUGCUUUGAGGAACGAGAUUUCUUGCCUGGAGAAGACCAUAUCAACAAUAUUCGUGAUGCCAUUUGGAACAGCAGGAAAACAGUUUGCAUUGUGACAAGGCAGUUUCUCAAAGAUGGAUGGUGUGUGGAAGCCUUUAAUUUUGCCCAGAGCAGGUACUUUUCUGAUCUGAAAGAUAUCCUCAUCAUGGUAGUGGUCGGGUCGCUAUCCCAAUAUCAGCUGAGGAAACACAAGCCCAUUCGAAACUUCCUGCAAAGGAGCCGGUAUUUGCGGUGGCCUGAAGACUAUCAAGAUGUAGACUGGUUUUUAGAUAACCUUUCCUGCCAAAUUCUGAAAGAGAAAAAAGUGCAAAGGAGAGCCAAUGAUAUGGAGCUGCAAGCCGUGGCAACACUCUCCCGCUGAUGCUGUAUGGGUUGCUGUCUUUUCAGAGCAGCUUUACUGUGGCAGGAAGAAACACAAGUUUCUUCAGCUUUCCUUCCAGAAGCAGGUAGGWAGGCAACUGUUUCAGUUUAGAUAUUAACAAACAUGGGAGCAGCUUGAAAGAAACCUGCAAAUACAAGCAAGUGCAAUUAUUUUACGGACUAUGACACCUUUUCAGGGGAAUCAAAUGAAUGAUGGAUGCUUCACAUUUUGAAUUUCUCAGCCUGAGAAACUUUAACGAGAAACUUUAACAAGAAACUUGGCAGCAGCAGGAUACGCUCUCCUGCACAGCCCAGCCUGCUCACUGCUCMGUGGGUUACUUUCUCCUGUGCAUUCUGACCUCUGUAAUUUUCAUGCCCCCUUCCAAAGAACCAUCAGUCUUCCCCAGCUUUACCCUUCAACACAGGUUUUGUUUACUCCCUUAGUCAUCAUUUAGCCUAAACGUCUCACCUGGAACAGAGGGAUUUUGCUGUUGACUCUCACAGGAUGCGGCGGCCGCGUGGGACGGACCCGCACGAGAGCCGCAAGCACCAAACUACCUCAGCAGCCAAGGGGGCCRUACGCCCUAUUGAAAUAGCUUUGUGGCAUCUGGUGCCGUCCCCUUCUCUAAAACUUGUGCCACUUUGCCCAGGUUCUGGUUGCUGGUGGAAAUGAACAACUUCAUGAAAKAAAAUAGGAAAGACCUUGGUCUGAUUUGAGAGACCUCCAGAAUCCAGAUAAGCCAAAGCAACAACAAUGGCUGCAAGAACCAAAACCUGAAGUUGGCAGAAGUUUCCAGUAAGAAGAAAGAGGAGAGCUGCAUUACUGCAGAGGAUA